AUGGGGAAGCAGCAGCAGGAGCAGAAGACGCUCCUCCGCGCCGCCCGCGACGGCAGCCUCCGCCUCCUCAAAAAGACGGCGCAGGGGCUGGCAUCGGGGGCGCAGGGCGAGGCGGCCGUGCUGGAGGCGGUGGCGGAUGACGACGGGAACCGCGCGCUGCACCUUGCGGCCAGGGAGGGGCGGGUGGAGAUUUGCAGGUACCUCGUCAAGGAUCUCCGCCUCGAUGUAAGUGUUCUUUUAUUUUCAGGUGGCACCCCACUGUUCCUUUCUGCAUCUUCUGGGAGAGUUGCAGCGUCAAAAUAUCUUCUUGAUCAUGGGGCUGAUCCAACGUUAGCUGGUGACUUUGGGUCACCUCUCCAUGGUGCUGCCGGGCAUGGACACUGUGGAAUAGUAGAAUUGCUGCUCUCAAAAGGGAUCGAUGUGGAUUUGGAAUGUUUAUUUGGGACCCCAUUGCACGCGGCUGCUCUUCACAAGCAAGAUGACGUAGUGAAGAUUUUGUUAGAGCACCAUGCUGACCCUAAUAAGUUCUGCAAAGUUGGUGGUUAUACACCAUUGAGCAUGGCCAUACGUCCCACACCUUCAGUUUCAUUGGAAUGCGUGAAGCUACUCAUUAAGGCUGGUGCUGAUGUGAAUUUCAUUGACUCCGCUGGUGUUGCUUGUGUGAUGGUGGCGGCGGAGUAUGGCUUACCUGGCAUCAUGAAGUGCUUAUUAGAUGCUGGUGCUAACCCCAAUGUUACAAGCAGAUUUGGUGCAACUCCAAUUGAAGUUGCUGCCCUUAAAGACAGAAGGGAAAUUGUCGAAAUGUUAUUCCCUUUGACUUCUCCUAUUCCAACGUUGCCAGAAUGGAGUAUUGAUGGUAUCAUUUCUCAUGUGAAAUCUUUUGGUUUGGAGCCGUUGGAUGAACAUCAGUAUGAAAAGAAAAAAUCUGAGCUAAAAUUACAAGCUACAGAGGCUUUUAAGAGAAAUGACUAUUUGACUGCAGGACGGUUGUAUUCAGAUGCGAUGGAUCUCGACCCUAGUCCAGAUGGUCAUGCAAUCCUAUUGGCAAAUAGGAGUCUCUGCUCGCUGCACUUGGGAGACGGAGAAUAUGCUCUCUCUGAUGCUACAAUGUGCAGAAGGUUGCGGCCUCGUUGGCAAAAAGGCUGCUAUCGACAGGGGGCAGCUUUUAUGUUACUGAAGGACUACGAGAAAGCGCGCGAGGCUUUUGCAGAUGGCCUGAAGCUGGAUCCUACGAGUGUUGAAAUUGCAAGUGCUUUAAGGGAAGCCCGUGAGGAGGUGAAGAAAGCUCAGUGUGCUGAAAACUGA